AUGUCCUACAUCAAUAAGCCCGUCCCCGGCGCCUACCAAUUCUUCCCGUUGAAUGAACCUGAGAUUGGGGAGCGACAGGAUGUCAAGGAGGCAGACCCCAAGCUAUUCCACCCGAUUACUCUCAGAAAUGUGACAUUCAAAAACAGAAUCUGGGUCUCUCCCAUGUGUCAAUACAGUGCAAAGGAUGGACACGUAACCGACUGGCAUCUUGUUCAUCUUGGCGGCUACGCAACUCGAGGAGUGGGGGCAAUAUGCGCCGAAGCAACAGCAGUUGUACCAGAAGGACGUAUAUCUCCAGAAGACGCAGGCCUUUGGACCGAUUCACAAAUAAAGCCCUGGAAACGAGUUGUCAACUUCUCUCAUGCGCAAGGGACGAAGAUCGGGAUCCAACUUGCCCAUGCUGGUCGGAAGGCAUCUUGUCAUGCACCCUGGGUGCAAAACAAGGCACCGUCGGGUACUUCUCAUGUUGCACAGGCUGAUGAAGGCGGGUGGCCUGACAAUGUUCGCGGGCCGUCGAAUAUUCCUUUCGAAACCUCGUAUGCGAAACCUCGAGAGCUUUCAAUAAAGGAACUAGAUGGAUUGGUUGAUGCUUUCACUGCUGCUACCCAUAGAUCUGAAAAGGCAGGCUUCGACUUCAUCGAGAUCCACGCCGCCCAUGGUUACCUGCUCCAUGAAUUCCUUUCGCCUCUCUCAAACAACAGAGCGGACGAGUAUGGCGGCUCUUUCGAGAACCGGAUCCGAUUCUUGCUUCGGGUCGUUAAAGCAACUCGCAAGGCCUGGCCAGACAAACCUCUAUUCGUGAGGGUCAGCGCUUCCGACUGGGCUGAAGGGCCGGAACAGGGAGACGACGGCGAGUGGAGAUACUGGGGACUGGAGCAAAGCAAACUACUCGCCCAAAGGCUUCACGAGGAAGGUGUCGACCUGCUAGACGUCAGCUCUGGUGGGCUCUGGGCCAACCAGAAGGUCCCAGCCGUUCCAGGAUACCAAGUGCCUUUCGCAGCCGAGAUCAAGAAGGCAGUCCCAGACCUCGUCGUCAGCGCCGUCGGUCUCAUCACGCAGCCUGAACAGGCUGAAGGGUAUUUGCAAGAGGGAAAGGCAGAUGUGAUCUUCUUGGCUCGAGAGUUGAUGCGCAAUCCCCACUGGCCGCUCUACGCAGCCCAGAAACUCGGUGUCAAAGUGAAAGCUGCAAAUCAAUACGAACGCGGCUGGUAG